UCAACCGCCAAGCAAGUUACGUUUCGCGAUGUCGUCGUAAAGAAGUUUGGGGCAGUUUACUUUACAGAAAUUUAAUCUGUGUCAAUACCGACACACAUCCUUUUAUAUUAUGAAAUGGGCGCGCUUCGUUUUAUUUGAAGGGAAGUCUGGCAAUUUGUAAGCCGCUGUUAUUACAGUAUAGCUAACGUAACACAGCGAAGCCAGAAGCCUCAUGUUUUCUUUAAGCCAAGAGGAGCACUGCGCCCCGUCCAAAGACCCAGUAAAAUACGGGGAGCUGGUGGUACUGGGGUACAAUGGCUCUCUGCCCAAUGGAGAUCGCGGUAGACGGAAAAGCAGAUUUGCGCUAUACAAGAGGACCAAAGCCAAUGGUGUUAAACCGAGCACUGUGCACAUCCUCAACACACCCCAGGAUAGCAAGGCUGUGAACUCUAAAGGCCAACACAGCAUCUCCUACACACUGUCCAGGAACCAGACAGUGGUGGUGGAGUACUGCCAUGAUAAAGACACAGACAUGUUUCAGAUUGGGCGGUCCACUGAGAGUCCUAUAGACUUUGUGGUAACUGACACAAUAGCAGGAGGCCAGGAGGGGGAAGAGACCCCGAUCACACAGAGCACCAUCUCCCGCUUUGCGUGCCGAGUUGUCUGUGAGCGCAACCCUCCCUACACCGCUCGCAUCUAUGCAGCCGGGUUUGACUCUUCCAAAAACAUCUUCCUUGGGGAAAAGGCUGCAAAAUGGAAAAAUCCUGAUGGUCACAUGGACGGCCUAACAACAAAUGGAGUGCUGGUGAUGCAUCCCAAAGGGGGAUUCACAGAAGAGUCCAAGCCUGGCGUUUGGAGAGAGAUUUCUGUUUGUGGAGAUGUCUAUACGCUGAGAGAGACCCGCUCAGCACAGACCCCAGGAAAACUGGUGGAGAUUGAGAGCAACAUACUGCAGGAUGGCUCCCUGGUGGAUCUGUGUGGAGCCACUUUGUUGUGGCGUACUGCAGAGGGCCUCUUUCACACUCCCACCCAGAAGCACCUGGAAGCUCUCAGGCAGGAGAUCAAUGCAGCACGACCCCAGUGUCCUGUAGGUCUAAAUACUCUUGUUUUUCCCAGCAUUCAACGCAGUCGAGCUCUCUCACUCCUAGAGGACAAGCAGCCUUGGGUCUACCUGGCAUGUGGCCACGUGCACGGUCACCACAACUGGGGCCACCGUUCAGAGCAAGAACCCAACACUCAGCGAGAGUGUCCCAUGUGCAGAGUGGUUGGACCCUACGUUCCUCUGUGGCUGGGCUGCGAGCCAGCCUUCUACGUGGAUACAGGUGCACCCACACAUGCCUUUGUGCCAUGCGGACAUGUGUGCUCAGAAAAGUCAGUCAAAUACUGGUCAGAGAUCCCUCUGCCCCACGGCACGCAUGCUUUCCACGCUGCCUGCCCCUUCUGUGCCACCCAGCUCAGCCUCACUCAGGGCUGUUCCAAGCUAAUCUUCCAGGAUCCUGUGGACUGAGCUGACGGGUCCUGCUCUGGCAGGGAAGAUCUAACAUGAAUACCAACAUGCUGUGAAACUAUUCAGAUUAUUUGUGCUUUCUUUUGUUUGUGUAACCCAGCAGUGAAAUGGAAUAAGUCUGUUGAAGUUCUGGUCACCUACUGUGGAUUCUGCACAACUAAGAGCCAUUACAGAUAGUUCAGGGGCCCUUCUGGCUGUUUGGAUAUACAAAUUGUGGAGCACACUGAACCACAACUGCCUGAGUCCUCGAGAAUGAAAUACUGUUUCAGCUGUCCUGCCAUCCAGCUGUUUUAAACAAUACUCCAGCAUUGGGCUGUUGAAACUACAAUACCUGCAACAAUACCUACCAUCAGACUGACAGAUUUUACUCUUGAUUUAGACUGAAGCAUAAACAUGGAGCAGGUGUAGCUCUAUUGGCAAAGAAGUGAGAAACAUGGUUCAGUUCCUAAUGGGCCUGAGACAGAAGUUUUACAGAGCCAGACAGCUGGACUGUUGGCUGGGAGAAAAGCCAGGAGAAACUUGUUAAACGCUCCCCAUUGGCCUCAUGGCCGUCAUCUCCAAAUGGUGUCUGAAUCAUGUUCUCUAGAGGAGGCUUUCAUUUACCAAACUGAAAUUUGUGUACAGAGACAUCAUCCAGUGCCUCAAAUCCCAAUUACCUGUGGGAAUAUUUUUCAUAGAGAAGGAAAUAUAUUUUGUUGAAGGUAAAGACUGAUAAUUUUGCAUACAGAAGACAUAAAGAAUUGACAGCCCACAUGGAUUUUGACACAAGUGGUAUUUUACUACUCUGAGGCCCUUGUACUCUUUAGUAAUGCAAAUGUUAAUAUAUUUUUUCUCCUUCAUUUAUGAUGUGUGUGUGAGAAUCUGUGAGUGGAUGUGUGAUGAUAGUGUGUGUGGGAAGGACUGUGUGGAUGCCAUUGGGCUGUUUAAAUCGCCUUUCAUCAAUUCACCCCGAUCCCCUUUGUAUGAGCUCACCCACCACCCAAAACUCUGAGACAACACAGGAAUCAAAAUAAGGUUGCAGGGUUUUUCAAUGAAUGUAAUUAAGCACAUAGACUCUCCUUAGUGGUAGUGCUCAAAUGAUAUGACCUGCUUUUUCACUACAACUGAAGACCUGUUUGCAGGGAAGUGCAACAGUGGGGCUCUACAACUGUUUGCAUCAGCAAUACUUGCUUGCUAGCAAGCAGCGGCAUCCCUGCGCCACACAUGUACUGUAAUCAUUCUGCACUGUUGUUUAGCUUUAUCCCGAGCUGGGUCUGAUCCAAUGAUUUGUUCGCUGUCAACCCUGGGCACAUUCUCUGCAGCAUCCAGAGAUUAUACCAAAUAUAAGGAGGAGCUGUUUUUUUUUCUCUCCACAUGCAAGAUGAAACAAUCCUAAACCCAAACUGCUGCUAUGAUGGAAUGUUGACAGCUCUGGAUUACAGUAAAGGCUGUUCUGUAGCUCAAUGGAAACAAUGAUGUUCUUGCGCUCCAUGACAAAUUUAGUAAGUUCCAUUGUGUGCAGAUGAGUCAAGUUGUCCACAACAAAGUAGCAGAUGAAUUGGAACUGGGAAAUCUGGGACAAAUCUGGGCAUUCUUCUGUGAGGAUGGCUUACCAGACUGUGCCCAUAAAUAUACAUAUAUAUAUACAGAGCAUUAAAAUGAGAUGUUAUGGGUAAUGUUCCUAUCACAGCAUUCAAAUUUCCUUCCAGGCUGCAUUAAUGUAAAGUUAUUUAGGUAUCGAUGAGGGGCAAAUCCACCAUAAUUAAGGGCUCCUAGUUGUCAUGAAAAAUUAAUUUAAAAAAAGGUGGGAUUUCAGUGGUGGACUGGUGGGAUAUUCUCCUUUUUGGUUCCUUCCUCAGAGAAACAUUCUUAGCAUUCUUUGAAAAGUCAGCAGCAUUACUCUUCUUCCAUACCACUUUGUAAUUGCUUGAUUUUCUGCAGAUUUUAUGUAACUGCCAUGCAAGGUCAUGCACUAAGCCUCACUCUGUUCAGUAGCAUUCCCUUCUAACACUUUAAGCUCAAACACUGUGCCCAUUGCUCAAGACCGUGUUCUGUAAUAGCUGCAGAGUAGCUGCCUCAAACAUUCCUCCUUGGUAAACAUGGGUGGGGCUCGCUGUUCACCCAAGGGCUUGUUCUAUGAAUUUGGCUUCUACAGGAACUCUGUGCAUAAGCCAUAGAACACGUUGAUGCUCCCGAUGCCUCAUUUGCAGAGAAUAAAAUAUUUUUGAAAAACA